UAUCUUGCUAGAAACAUUUACAAAGAAACUAGUACGCAUAAAAUAAAUAUUAAAUCUUUAUAAAAGUACUUCUAAAGUCCAUGUGGCAUUUUUUUUUUUUCUCUUUGAAAGACGUAAUAUCAUUGUGAAUUUGAAAAAUUUGUAAUAGCUUUUAAUUGCCAUGGCUAAAAGUUUAACAGCGAAAAUCGGACCUUCGAUUUUAAAUGCCAAUUUAGCACAACUCUUUGAAGAAUCGCAACAAUUGUUAAAUAAUGGUGCUGAUUAUCUUCAUUUAGAUGUAAUGGAUGGUCAUUUCGUUCCUAACCUUACUUUUGGACAUCCUCUCGUAAAGUGUCUUCGUAGUAAAAUAAAAAAUGCAUUUUUUGAAACGCAUAUGAUGGUUUCUAAUCCGGAACAGUGGAUCGAACCAAUGGCUGAUGCUGGUGUAAAUCAAUAUACGUUCCAUGUAGAACCAGUACAAGAUGUUUCAUUAGUUUGUAGAAAAGUUAGAGAAGCAGGAAUGAAGGUAGGAGUGGCACUUAAACCAGGAACACCAGCCGAUGUAGUCGUUGAUUACGUAGAUUUAGCUGAUAUGAUAUUAGUUAUGACAGUAGAACCAGGAUUUGGAGGACAAAAAUUUAUGGAGUCAAUGAUGUCAAAAGUAGCAUGGCUUAGAAAAAAUUAUCCUACUCUAGAUAUUGAAGUUGAUGGUGGAGUUGGUCCAACUACUAUAGAAGCUUGUGCAAAGGCUGGUGCAAAUAUGAUAGUAUCUGGAACAGCAAUAAUCGGUGCUACAGACCAAGCAAAAGUUAUAAAAGAUUUGAAAGAUACAGUAAAUUGCGCAUUGAAUAGUUAAUGAUUUUUUUAUAGAAGACAUUCCAAAAAAAUAUCUUCAAUAUCUACAAAAGAAAACAGUAUAGAGAUAAAAUCUUGUUAAUAACAUUUUGUAAAUAUUAAUAUUUUACAAACAGAAA